AUGAUGUGGAGUUUGCACAAGGAGGCAACUCAGGUGCCCAAGGCCAUGCACAUUACAGAAGUGGGACCUUCCUCCCAACCAAGAAUAAAAGACCAAGCUAUGAUCGCAACUGGUGGAGUGAUCACAGGCCUGGCUGCCUUGAAAAGGCAGGACUCUGCCAGAUCCCAGCAUCAUGUCAACCUCAGUCCAUCACCGACUGCCCAAGAGAAGAAGCCAGUCAGGCGACGGCCCCAGGCUGACGUCGUGGUUGUUCGUGGCAAAAUCAGGCUAUAUUCCCCGUCCGGAUUUUUCCUCAUUUUAGGAGUGCUUAUCUCCAUUAUAGGAAUUGCAAUGGCUGUCCUUGGAUAUUGGCCCCAAAAAGAACAUUUUAUCGAUGCCGAAACAACAUUAUCAACGAAUGAAACUCGGGUCAUUCGGAACCAAGGCGGUGUGGUGGUUCGUUUCUUUGAGCAGCAUUUACAUUCUGAUAAAAUGAAAAUGCUUGGCCCUUUCACCAUGGGGAUUGGCAUUUUCAUUUUUAUUUGUGCUAAUGCCAUUCUUCAUGAAAAUCGUGACAAAGAAACCAAAAUCAUCCACAUGAGGGAUAUCUAUUCCACAGUCAUUGACAUUCACACACUAAGGAUCAAGGAGCAAAAACAUCUGAAUGGCACUUACACGGGUUUGAUGGGAGAGGCAGAAGUGAAACAGAAUGGGAGCUCCUGUGCCUCUAGGUUGGCAGCAAACACGAUCGCCUCUUUCUCAGGCUUUCGGAGCAGUUUUCGAAUGGACAGCUCUGUGGAGGAGGAUGAACUUAUGCUCAAUGAAAAUAAGAGUUUUGGGCAUCUUAUGCCCCCUUUGCUCUCUGACAGCUCUGUCUCUGUCUUUGGUCUCUAUCCACCUCCUUCUAAGACAACUGAUGAGAAAACCAGCAGCUCUAAGAAAUGUGAAACCAAGUCCAUUGUGUCAUCAUCCAUCAGUGCUUUUACACUGCCUGUGAUCAAGCUUAAUAAUUGUGUGAUUGAUGAGCCCAGUAUAGAUAACAUCACGGAGGAUGCCGAUAAUCUCAAAAGCAGGUCAAGGAAUUUGUCAAUGGAUUCCCUUGUCAUCCCUUUGCCCACCACUAGUGAAUCUUUCCAGCCAGUCAGCCUGGGACUCCCAAGGAAUAAUUCCAUUGGGGAGUCAUUGUCAAGUCAGUUCAAGUCCUCUGUGGCCCUGGGACCUGGGGCUGGACAGCUGUUGUCUCCUGGCGCUGCUAGAAGACAGUUUGGGUCCAAUACAUCCUUGCAUUUGCUCUCAUCACACUCAAAAUCCUUAGACUUAGACCGAAGAACCUCCACCCUGACUGUUCAGGCAGAACAACGGAAGCAUCCCAGCUGGCCUCGGUUGGAUCGAAGCAACAGCAAGGGGUAUAUGAAACUAGAGAACAAAGAGGACCCAAUGGAUAGGUUGCUUGUGCCCCAAGCUACAAUCAAAAAAGACUUUACCAAUAAGGAAAAGCUUCUUAUGAUUUCAAGAUCUCAUAAUAACUUGAGUUUUGAACAUGAUGAGUUUUUGAGUAACAACCUAAAGCGGGGAACUUCCGAAACAAGGUUUUAAUGUUUCAAAUAUGUCGUUUUACAAGGGUAUAUAUUUUAAAACUAUUUUCACUGGUGUGUCCUUCUUAAAGUAUUGGUUGUAACCCUUUUUAAUCAAAUAAUUCUUAGUGUAUUAGAACUGGCUGCUUAACUCUGUAAAAGAGAUGGUUGUGUGUUUAAGUGUCUUAUGACUGCGAUGCUCUAUAUUAUCACAUAAGACUUUUUUUCCAUCCCUUUGAAAGCAUGAUUUUUAAUUAAUCUGAAUACAGAAUGAUUUGUUUUAAAAUUAAAACUCCUUUUCUUUACUUUGAAGUUCUUCCCUAGCUUGUCAUAUUCAUAAAAUGAAGUGUGGGAAACAUAAGGUACCAAAGUGUAGACUAGCAGUACCAAAUUCAGGCCCAGCACUCUAAGCAGAUAUAUAUAUAUAUAUAUGCAUAAAUGAGUGUGAGUGCAAAUCUUAGGAUGAUUUUCUGAAUACUUGCUUUUAUAUAGGAUUGGUUAAAUUGUUUAAAGGGAAAGAAUCUAGUUUAUGUGUGAGCUAAAAUACUAUGAAUUGGUUUAGUUCUGUGUGAGCUCAAUAAUAUGAAUCUUAUUCUGAGCUCUAGGUAGGUAGGUAGGUAGGUAGGUAGGGUUUUUUCCAAUAUCAGUUCUGUUUUAGUGAUGUUUUCUAAAGAGAUCAUAUUCAAGAGCCAUGACUGAAAAUCCCAGAUAUACUUAGGGAUAAAUAUCAAAAUGUUUUCGCUGUAACUUUAGAUAUUUAGAAUCAAAAUUUCUUUGCAAACUGCCUUGAAAAUUGAGUGAAUCAAUAUAGUUUGUAGCAGUGCUAUCUUGAAAUAACCAUGUACAUGAAGAAAAUGAGUGAUGAAUGAAGAUACUUUAUAUGCUAAUUAAUGCUUAAUAGUCUCAGUACCUUUUUCUAGCCAUCACCAUCCAAUAUAUACUCAUUCCCAAAUCUUUAGUGCCCCCCAAUACCUUUUAAGGUUCUUUUAUUUGAAAAAUAUCAGCUAAUCUUGAUUUUUUUUUUUAAAUCUUUGUGUACACUAGCUUGGUGGUUCAAGAAAAUUCAAUCCUUGAUAAAUUGCCUUGAAAUUUAUCUUGUGCUGGAAAGCCUUAUGAUAACUCCAAAGACUUUCUUAUGGUCUACUACAUUUUUAAGGUUGUGGUUCUCAGUUGUUGGAGAUAAUAAAAAUAAAAAUGGGUGUUUCCAUCAGAGAAUUUUCAUGUGUACCAUUUGAGGUAACAUAAUUUUAAGAAUUGUUUAGUGGAAUACUCAGGAAAUUUUACAGGUUUUCUCCAAUGCCUAAACAUUUCUGAACAUCAGUAUUGCAGUUGCUGUGGAAGAGGAGGAAGGUGUGUGUGUGGCUACUGCACAAUAGUUGCAUAAUGAGCUUCUCUCAAUGGAAGCAGUGUGACUUGUUAGAACAUCAAGCCUGUGUACUGUAAUAGAGUGGGCUCAAUAUUUUACUAUAAAACAUUUAAUA